AUGGUGCUAUGUAAAUUUUGCCUAAAUGUAGCUUUUGUGUCUGAGAUAGAACCCAAGAACAUAAAAGAAGCUCUUCAAGAUGAUAAGUCGUGCAUUGUUAUGCAAGAAGAGCUAAAUCAAUUUGAACGGAAUAACGUUUGUGAACUCAUUCCUAGAAAAGAAGAAUAUCAAGUCAUAGGAACAAAAUGGGUUUUCAGAAACAAUCUUGAUGAAGAUGGAAACAUCACAAAUAAUAAAGCAAGACUAGUUGCAAAAGGAUACUGUCAAGAGGAAGAUAUAUAUAUAUAUAUAAGUUUGUUGAUUUUUAUAUUGCCUUUGGGUUGUGGUACUGAAACUGAAAUUUUUGAACAGACUUCACCAUUGGUGGCUGGGCUUGCAGUGGCAGCUGCGGCUUAUGUAGGUAGAUAUGGUAUCGUGGCUUGGCAGGCAUUCAAGGCUAGACCGCCUAGGAUGCGUAGAUUUUAUGAAGGUGGUUUUCAGGCUACCAUGACUAGGAGGGAAGCAGCUCUUAUACUGGGUGUUAGAGAGCGCACUCCAACAGAUAAGAUUAAAGAAGCACAUAGGAGGGUGAUGGUUGCAAACCAUCCAGACGCAGGUGGCAGCCAUUAUCUUGCAUCCAAAAUUAAUGAAGCAAAAGAUAUGUUACUUGGAAAGACCAGGGGUGGUGGCUCAGCAUUUUGAAGCCCCUAGGAAGCCUUUCUUUCCAUUAUUUUCACACUACGCGAUUCUCACUAGAUUUCAAUUACAAUUUUUUUGGCCAUCGUCCAAUUACUUAUUGCAUUACCAAUUCGAUAGGGAGAAAACGGGAAACUAAACAUGGUUACGCAUAUAUCUAGAUGAUAUGGCUCCAAUCUAACAUGGCUUGUGCUAUUGAAGUGAAGAUUGUUGUCAAUAAAAGCGAUUUUUACUUCCUCA